CAGAACCGGACCGAUCUCUACACAUGGCGGAGCCGCCCAGGGACGUCUUCCGGCUGAGGCGUGAUUGGCUCUCGGUACAGGAAGUGGUGGACUCGGUCAGCAGCAGCCGCUGCGGCGCCGUCUCUGUGUUUAUAGGUGCGACCCGGGAGGACCAGGUGGAGGGCAGGAAGGUGAUUGGCCUGCAGUACGAGGCGUACGAGGCCAUGGUCCAAUCAGAGCUGAGCCGGCUGGCGGGGGCCCUGAGGGCCCGCUGGCCCUCGCUGCUGCAUGUCUGCAUCCACCACCGCCUGGGGUGGGUGAAGGUGGGUGAGGCCAGCAUCGUCAUGGCGAUCUCCUCCCCGCACCGACAGGACUGCCAGGAGGCCAUCCAGCACGCCGUCACCCAGCUGAAGGCCAACGCCCCCAUCUGGAAGAAGGAGGUUUACGACUCCCAGGAAUCGUCCUGGAAGGAGAACUCAGAGUGCAGCUGGUCGCAGAGGGGAGGAGCUUCUGAAUGACCUCAGAAUGACCUCUGACCCCAGCUCAUUCCUGAUCCUGGUUUCUGGAUAGAGUGGCACUCUGUCCUCAUAGAGGAUCUUUGAUACGCUAAGAGUUCUCACUCCUUCUGGUUUUUCUCCUCAUCAGGUUUUCUCACCUGGGCUCCAGGUUUGCUCUGCGGCUCCAUAUUUGGUCGUGGCUUCCUGAUGUCUCCAAGUUUCACCAAUAAAAAUGCAGAUUCUCA